AUGCCCUUUGGCCAGCUGAAGUUCAAGGAGCUGGGCGAGGAGGAGCCCAGCUGGGAGGAGGAGAGCCUGGACAGUGUGAAGGCGCUGACGGCCAAGCUGAAGCUGCAGACGAGGAGACCUUCCUACCUGGAAUGGGAAGCUCGGGUGCGGGGGCAGCCCUGGCGCAGUCGGACCCCCGGGGGGGCUCGGGGAGCAGAGCAGGGCCCUGAGGAUGAGUGGGAUGGUGGCAUCUGCGGCUUUGCCACCAUGGAGGUGGCUCUGGAGUGGCUCAGUGGGGCGGGAGUGGGGGUGUACCUGCCGAUGGGACAGGAGGG